CGGCCCCACAGUCCCUCGGGUUGCUGCAAAAGGCAACUGAAAAGUCACAUGUCAUAACAGUGGAAAGUACAUAUGCAACUAUUCUUAGCCCUGGAAUGUAUACACUGUCUCCCUGCCCAGUGCUUCUUUCCCGAAGUUCUAGAAAACUGUGAAAGUACCGUUAGCAUAAACAAAUCCAGAACUCUCCCAGGACAAAUCAUCUGCCAACUGAAGGAAAGGCUUGGGUUUAUGGUCUCACUUGGAUCCAGAGGUGGAAGCUCUCCGGAGGGACCAGCCGGACCAGGCAUCAUCAGUGGAUGUCACUGCAGCAAAUGAAGAUUAUCUGAAGAUGCUAUUUGCCUAUUACCUUUGAGAGUAAUCACAACCAAAAAGAGAGGUGUUGGCUGUGAGGUCUUGGGUGUAGGUGGCCUCUCUUUCCAAUCUUCACUAAGCAACAUUCUUGGCGUUAUCCACAAGCAUCUUGGUGAAUAGACAUAGAUGCUAUAAGUCUUGGAGCCAACACAGUUAAACACUUCAGCACAUGCUUCCCCUUGGGACCUCUUCCCCACCUUGUAGAAUGGAUGAGGAGUUGCCAGAUGAGUUGCUCUUCAAAGACCAUGACUUCUCCUCUGACUUACUGAGGCAGCUCAAUGGCUUAAGGCAAAACAGGAUGCUGACUGAUGUGAGCAUCUGUACUGGGACCUGGGAGGUCCCCUGCCACCGAAGUGUGCUGGCCUCCAGCAGCCCCUACUUCAGGGCCAUGUUCUGCAGCAACUUCCGGGAGAGAAGUGAGCCCAAAGUCCAGCUGAGGGGCAUCGACCCCCCAACUCUGGACCAGAUCAUCUCGUAUGUGUACACUGGGGAGGUGCACAUCACGGCUGAGAACGUCCUGCCCUUGAUGGAGGCAGCCUCCAUGCUACAGUAUCCCAAGCUUCUGGAGGCCUGCUCCUCCUACCUCCAGAGCCAGCUGACCCCCGGCAACUGCCUGGGCAUGAUCAGACUCUCUGAAAUCUUAAGUUGUGAGAGCCUCAAGAAGAAAGCCAGGGAGGUGGCCCUGACGUGUUUUCCAGAGGUGGCUGCAUCGGCAGACCUGAAGGAGCUCUGUGUCUUGGAAUUGAGAGACUAUCUGGGGGACGACGGGCUCUGUGCAGAGGAGGAAAAGGUGUUUGAGGCCCUCAUGGUUUGGGUCAAGCAUGACCUCCAGGCCCGGAAACGACACGUGCAGGAGCUGUUCAAGCAAGUCAGGCUUCAGUACAUCCACCCGGCCUUCUUCCACCAUUUCAUCGCCAACAAUGCCCUCCUUCAGUCCUUGCCCUCAUGUCAGACCAUCCUGGAGACAGCCAAGAGGCAGAUGUUUGCUUUGCACAGUGCCACCAGUGCCCCAGACCUCCAACCUCCAUGGCAUGUCCCCCCAAGAACCUCUUACCAAGAUUUCCUCAUCCUCUUGGGUGGAAGGAAGGACAGCCAGCAGACCACCAGGGACGUUCUGCUGUACAACAGACAGACCGGCCAGUGGCAGAACCUUGCCAAACUCCCGACCCGGCUGUACAAGGCCUCAGCUGUCACUUUGCACCGCAGCAUCUAUGUGCUGGGAGGCAUGGCUGUCGGCACAGGGAAGAACAUGCCCAGCCACAACGUCUACAUCUACUCCCUGAAGCUCAAUCAGUGGAGGCUGGGGCAGCCCAUGCUGGUCGCCCGCUACUCGCAUAAAAGCACUACCCAUAAGAACUUCAUCUUUUCCAUUGGGGGGAUUGGAGAAGGGCAGGAGGUCAUGGGCUCCAUGGAGAGAUACAACAGCAUCUUGAACAUCUGGGAGAGUAUGGCCAGCAUGCCAGUGGGGGUUCUCCACCCUGCAGUCGCUGUGAAAGACCAAAGACUCUACCUUUUUGGGGGAGAGGACAUCAUGCAGAAUCCUGUGCGCCUUAUCCAGGUUUACCACAUUUCCAGAAACACAUGGUUCAAAAUGGAGACAAGAAUGAUCAAGAAUGUGUGCGCCCCUGCAGUGGUGCUGGGGGAACGUAUUGUCAUCGUGGGAGGUUACACGAGGAGGAUUCUUGCUUAUGACCCUCAAUCCAACAAAUUUGUCAAGUGUGCGGACAUGAAAGACCGCAGGAUGCACCAUGGGGCCACGGUGAUGGGGAACAAGAUCUAUGUAACGGGUGGGCGGCGGCUGACCACAGAUUGCAACAUCGAGGACUUGGCCUCCUUUGACUGCUACGACCCUGAGACAGAUACCUGGACAUCCCAGGGACAGCUUCCUCACAAACUCUUUGAUCACGCCUGCCUCACUCUCCAGUGCGUACCCCACACUCCCACCUUCUCAUGAAGUCGGCGAGAAACUAUUGGUCUUAGUCAAGAUGCUUUCUGUUGCAAGGGACAGAAACCCAAUUCCAAGGAGCUUAACCCUAAAAGGAUGCAGGAAGUGCCCACAGGACUGAAAGUUCCAGAGCCCGGAGGCCUGAAACCAGACAUAUUGUUGCCAGAACUCUCUGUCCACACCACAACUCUCUCUCUCUCUCUCUCUCUCUCUCUCUCUCCCCCUUUCUCUUUCUCCUCACUUUCCCUCCUUCUCUACCUCAUCUCUACUAGAUUUCAUUCUACAAACAAGUUUCUUGAUCCACAAAUUAUGAAGACAAUGGCAACUGAUAAACUCAGACUCACAUUUUCUAACUUUGCAUCUUCAAGACAGAACUUGACCAUCAUCCAUAUAUUAAUCCUGAAAAUAAUCCUAAUUGGACGUUUUUUAAUUCCAUGGCUUCCUCUUGAGUCAAUCACUGUUUCCAGGGCUUGUGCUACUGUGUAAUCCCAGAUCAUGUCCCUACAGGCUGAGGUCAUGUUAACUGUUAUCACUGACAGUCUAUCCACUGCACAUGAUGAGAUAGAGGCAGUUUCCCCAAAGGAAGAACUGCUGGGCUGACCAAAACCACAUCUGCCCAGAUCAUCAUGGAAAUCCAGAACUAAAGGGCUGAGAGACCUGGAAGAGUCCCUAGAAGCAGGUGGUCCAGGUGGCAGUGUGAGACAUUGACCGUGACCCUGUUUCUUUGCAUUCUAUGGAUGUAGUACAAUGGGAUUCCAGGGAAAUAUGUCAAUUCAGUUUCUAGGGUUUGCAAAAUUAUCUAUGCUGCCAGAAUAAAGUUUGUUUCUAGUGCCAAA